UUUUUUUUUUUUUACCCCCGGCAGGGGCGGCGGAUUUGGAUGGGGCAGGUGGUGAACGAGCGACCUCGGGGGAUAACUAUGGAUGGUCUGGCUGGGGAAGGGGGGUGGUUUGUUUGUGUUGUUGCUACCUAGUUGGGAAUUGGGAACAGGCGGGAGCGAUCUUGUGCGUAUGAAAUCAAGGAGGCAGGCAGGCAGGCGAGGAGUUGUAGGAAGGGAAGGGGGGGGCGAGAUUUAUUUGAUGGACCUUCGUGUCUCUGGUUGUCUCGUUCUUUUUGGGGUUCUGCUGGCUAUGACCGAUAUGACUGACACUUGAAAAAACCUCGGCUUCUUGUUUCUUUUUUUGGCUCUCGGCCCGCGCGGUGGUUAACCUUGCAUAUUUUCUCUUUUGACGUACGUCGGUGCCCGUGACCAGUUGCUGUUUACGGUUGUGAUUGUUGGGAUACCAGCGUGGGGGCGUGGGUUGGAACGCCUCCCUGGGAGGCUGGCUAGCCUGUUUGGACUACCGAUGACCGAGGCUGGGUCUGGGGAGUGUCAUGGGGGAGAUAGGAUGUCUCAGGGAGGGUGAUGGAAAACUGUGAUAGGUAUGGAGGUGUGGUAUGGAAUAUUGGUCUUUGGUUUUUGAGUGAUUGUUUGGGAUAUUAGUUUCCGAUUGAGUUUGGGGGGUGCCAUGUGAUGCCGUGGGUGGGUUAUGCUCAGGUGUGAGACGUCAACGAAAAUGCCUAUAAACAAGUAGGGAGUUGGGUAAAAUACAACCGCGUUUCCAUUAA